UAUGCUCCGAUGACAUCACACGGUCAUUCUGCAGGCUGACAUGUGACACACAUGCACUCAGUGAGUGACACACACUGGGAGAGACACGGACAGGCCGACCAUCAGCUGCUGUACAGAGAUGGAGAUGUCGACAGCCGGUCCAGGGAUGUUAAGUCACCAGCAGCGCUCCAUGAAGAGAAGGCGGUGGGGAGGUCUGAGGCAGCAGUGGAAACUUCUGGGCCUGUUUGAGAUUGACCAACAGCAUGAGUUCUACAGCCUGACCUGCAUGAUGAAGGAGGGCUUGGCUGCAGCCAUCCAGAGCACCAUCGAUGACCCACCCGCAAAUGAACUGACAGAUGAAGAUUUCAGGUUGGAGGUCACUCAGAUCCAUAAGGACUUCACAAUGGAGACGUUUGCAGGGCCUGUGUUUGCCACGCUGCGUGGAUCUUUAGGAAUGACUGAGCAGGAGUAUCAGCAGUCACUCUGCUCUGAAAAUUGCUACCUCCAGUUCAUCAGCAACUCCAAGAGCAAAGCAGACUUCUUCCUCACGAAUGAUAAACGCUUCUUCUUAAAGACUCAGAACAAAAGGGAAAUUAAGUUCCUUCUGGGCAACCUGAAGAUCUACAUGGAGCACCUGAGGAAAUACCCACAUUCACUGGUGGUCAAGUUUUUAGGUGUUCACAGGAUCCAAAUCCCACAAAGACGAAAGAAGUUCUUCAUUGUCAUGCAAAGUGUGUUUUAUCCAGAUGAUCGCAUCAAUGCCAGGUAUGACAUUAAGGGCUGUGAGGUGAGUCGCUGGACAGAGCCUGCACCAGAGGGAAGCCACAUCAUCGUGGUUCUCAAAGACCUCAACUUCGAGGGCCAGUUCAUCACUCUGGACCAGCAGCGUUCCUGGCUCCUGCGACAGGUGGAAAUUGACACACACUUCCUUCGCCAGCUCAACGUGUUGGACUACAGCCUUCUCCUGGCUCAUCAGCCCCUACACCAUGACGAGCGCCACCAGGGCCUCUCCUUUGCUACGCUCAUCGUAAGAGCAAAAAAGUCUGUGAAUCCAGGCUCCAGUCCAAUCCAUAUGAAUGCAGCCACAGUUCCCGGAGCAGUCGUGGACGAGGACCCUGCCCUAUCCUUAUCUGAAACAGACAGCGGCUUAAAGACACCACACUCUCAAGCUGCAUCAAGGAGCAGCUCUCCUCGAACAUGUGCAAAGGAUGCUGGGCCAGCAAGCGCCGAGGCUGAGCUGCAAGACUUCCAAGCCCAAAACCGACGUUUGCUGCCAAACUUAAAGAAUCCUCUUCACAUCAUUGAUGGCCCCGAGCAGCGCUACUUUGUCGGCAUCAUUGACAUUUUCACAGUUUACAGUUUUAAGAAGAGGCUGGAGCAUUUGUGGAAGAGGUUGAGGCACCCCGGUCGGUCCUUCUCAACCGUCAGUCCACAGACUUACUGCCUCAGGCUGUGUCAGUGGGUGCAAGACCACACCAAGUAGAGCCUGAACAAGAGGUGGAAACUCAUUUCCACUUCUCACCUGCAAGUCCAAAUAACCAAAGUUCAAACGCAUGGCGUAAAGCACGUUUCCUCUCAAACCUUCUCAUCAUAAGAACUUCAGACAUUAAAUGUGGGCCUCACCUCUGAGCCUUUAGCAGAUACCAAAAUGAUUUUUGCACACACAUAAAUUAGAUUUUGUAGAAAAUGGAUGGAUGGCUGAUUACAAAACAAUGCAAUGAAACAGGCUGUACGCAAAUAGGAAUUUCAUUAUUUAUUUGAACAUUUUUUUGGAUUGGAUUACUUCUUUAUACUUCCUUAACCUGCCAAAUAGUUUUAAGACAAGUAUGCGUUUCAGCCCACUGUGUUCAAAUUUUAGAAUUAUAUUCUGGAUUUGACGCUUCAAGCUGAAUGUUUGGGGUAUCUUAGCUUGCUAUGACCAUGAGUCUGAGCCGAAAACUCUGUACUUGGGCCCACCCUAACGCAUAAGCUGCUUUAUUCUACAUUUUGACUCUGAGUGGGACCAUAAUUUACAGACUAAACACCAAGUUGUGUUCAAAAUGGCUUAAAUUGAGUGACUCUGACCACAAACACAUCAAGAAAGUGAUUAGAGAAGUCGUGAAUCCAAAACAACACAGGGUUAUUUUCUGAUUUCUCUUCUAUACAUUCAUACUUCUUUUUGCAACCAGAGGGUUUUAAAAGUAAUGCAGGUGUAAGGCCUUUAAUACACAGAGACUGUGAUGUCCUCUAUCCAGCUGUUAUUGUUUCUAUCCACUUCUUCUUCUGUUACUGCUAAUGCUACCUCAGAAAGACUAAUUUAAAUACAUGGGUGCAUUAAAGGGUUAAAUAAAUACUUGUUUUGUGUUUUGCAAACCAGUGAGUUUGUGAAGCAAAUAUAUUUGCAGCACAGGGAGCCUCAUUCCUCAAGAUCACAUACAUGUUCUAGCAUCAUGGAAAAAAGCUGACUUGCAAUCUUUUUUCUUUUUAAUAUAUUUUC